AUGUCAGAUAGUAAAACUGUUGGAUUACAAGUGCAGGAACUUCAACUUAUUUUCCAUGAUCUGAUUGCUGAGGAUGUGGUAGUAAAUGAAGCUUUUCAAGUGGCUGAAAUGAUCGAGAAUUUACCUCCUUCGUGGAACGACUUCAAGAAUUAUCUAAAGCACAAACGUAAGGAAAUGAAGCUUGAAGAACUUGUGAUUCGGCUCAAGAUUGAGGAAGAUAACAAAAUCGCCGAAAAGAAGUCUCGCAAGAAGAGAAAGAAGUCCAACAAACAGAAGUCAGAACAAGCCAAGAAGAUAUUCAAGGGUAAUUGUUAUAACUGUGGUAAGGCUGGUCACAAGUCUUCUGACUGUCGUGCUCCAAGAAAGGACAAAGACAAAGACAAAGACAAAGACAAAGACAAAGACAAAGACAAAGACAAAGACAAAGACAAAGACAAAGACAAAGACAAAGACAAAGACAAAGACAAAGACAAAGACAAAGACAAAGACAAAGACAAAGACAAAGACAAAGACAAAGACAAAGACAAAGACAAAGACAAAGACAAAGACAAAGACAAAGACAAAGACAAAGACGUACACUCAUGCUGA